UGGGGGAGGGGGGUUUCUUGAGCGCGUAAGAAAGGCAGCUGCGUUCGGGCAACGAGCGAUCAUGGGGGGCUACCCUUGGCUGUGGGUCCUCCUCCUGUCCGGCUGGUCCCGGCUCCCAGCCCCGGCGGGCGCUUCGCCCAAAAUCGUCAACAUCGGGGCGGUUUUGAGCACCAAGAAGACCGAGGGCAUCUUCAAGGAAGCCGUGGCUCAAGCCAACCGCAAGUACGGCACCUGGAAGAUCCAGCUGAACGCCACUGCUGUCACCCACAAGCCCAACGCCAUCCAGAUGGCUCUGUCUGUCUGUGAAGAUCUCAUCAGUAGCCAGGUCUAUGCAAUAUUAGUGAGUCAUCCGCCUGGGCAGAAUGACCAAUUGACUCCGACGCCUGUGUCUUACACCGCUGGCUUCUACCGGAUCCCUGUAAUUGGUCUGACAACAAGGAUGUCCAUCUAUUCUGACAAGAGUAUCCACCUCUCCUUCCUCCGCACCGUCCCACCGUACUCCCACCAGGCGCAGGUUUGGUUCGAAAUGAUGCGAAUCUUCAAAUGGGGCCACAUUAUCCUGAUCGUCAGCAACGACCACGAGGGGCGGGCAGCGCAGAAGAAGCUGGAGACGCUGCUGGAGGAGAGGGAGUCAAAGAAUAAAAAAAGGAACUUUGAAAAGACCGAUCAACAUUCGUAUGACAGCAGGCGAGGACCAAAGGCUGAGAAAGUUCUGCAGUUUGAACCUGGGACCGCAAACAUGACUUCAAUACUGAUGGAAGCCAGAGAACUGGAGGCACGAGUGAUCGUUCUGUCAGCCAAUGAAGACGACGCUGUGACGAUGUACAAGACAGCAACGAUCCUCAACAUGACGGGGCCUGGCUACGUCUGGCUUGUGGGAGAGAGAGAAAUAUCAGGGAGGGCCAUGCAGCAUGUCCCCGAAGGGGUGAUCGGGCUGCAGCUCAUCAAUGGGAAGAACGAGUCGGCUCACAUCAACGAUGCAGUGGGCAUUGUGGCCCAAUCCAUCCAUGAGCUCUUUGUGAAAGAAAACAUCACCGACCCUCCCAGAGGCUGCGUGGGCAACACUAACAUCUGGAAAACCGGGCCCCUCUUCAAAAGGGUCCUGCUGUCCUCCAAGUAUCCCAAUGGGUUCACAGGCCAAGUGGAGUUCAAUGAUGAAGGAGAUCGGAAGUUUUCCAACUACAGCAUCGUGAACGUGCAGAAAGGGAAGCUGGUGACAAUCGGAGUUUAUAAUGGCACAAAGAUUCUGGUGAAUGAUAAGAAGAUAAUCUGGCCAGGCGGGGAACUCAACGCACCCAGGGGCUUUCAGAUGUCAACUAGAUUAAAGAUCGUCAGCAUUCAUCAAGAGCCCUUUGUGUAUGUCAAGCCGACAAUGCCGGAUGGGACUUGUAAAGAAGAAUUCAUGAUGAACGGAGAGAUCAUUAAAAAGGUGAUCUGUAUUGGACCCAAUGCCACAGUGACCGGUCCAUUAGCAGGUCGCCCCAUUAUCCCUCAAUGUUGCUAUGGGUUUUGUGUUGAUUUGCUCGUCAAACUUGCCAGCACUACCACACUCAACUUUACCUACGAGGUUCAUCUUGUCCAUGAUGGAAAGUUUGGGACGCAAGAACGGGUGAAUAACAGCAAUAAGAAGGAGUGGAAUGGGAUGAUGGGAGAGCUGCUGGGAGGACAUGCUGACAUGAUCGUUGCUCCUCUAACUAUCAACAAUGAACGAGCUCAGUAUAUCGAAUUCUCCAAGCCUUUCAAAUACCAGGGACUCACCAUUCUAGUGAAAAAGGAAAUUCCCCGGAGCACCUUGGACUCGUUCAUGCAGCCUUUUCAGAGUACGCUCUGGCUCCUGGUCGGUCUCUCUGUGCACGUGGUGGCAGUGAUGUUGUAUCUGCUGGACAGGUUCAGUCCUUUCGGGCGUUUUAAAGUGAACAGUGAAGAAGAGGAAGAAGAUGCAUUGACUCUGUCUUCAGCCAUGUGGUUCUCUUGGGGGGUGCUGCUGAAUUCCGGAAUCGGAGAAGGGGCUCCGAGGAGUUUUUCUGCCCGUAUCCUGGGCAUGGUGUGGGCUGGCUUUGCUAUGAUUAUUGUGGCCUCAUACACUGCUAACCUGGCCGCUUUCCUGGUGCUGGACAGACCUGAAGAGCGCAUCACAGGAAUCAACGACCCCAGGCUUCGAAAUCCCUCGGAUAAAUUCAUCUAUGCCACAGUGAAGCAGAGCUCUGUGGAUAUCUACUUCCGUCGGCAGGUGGAGCUGAGCACCAUGUACCGACACAUGGAGAAGCACAACUACGAGAGUGCGGCUGAGGCUAUCCAGGCUGUGCGCGAUGGGAAACUGCACGCGUUUAUCUGGGACUCGGCGGUGCUGGAGUUUGAGGCAUCGCAGAAGUGUGACCUGGUGACCACAGGCGAGCUGUUCUUCCGAUCAGGUUUUGGGAUUGGAAUGAGGAAGGACAGUCCAUGGAAGCAGGCUGUGUCGCUUGCUAUACUGAGUUUCCAUGAGAACGGUUUUAUGGAAGACUUGGAUAAGAACUGGGUCAGAUACCAGGAGUGUGACUUCCGCAGCAAUGCCCCAGCAACUCUCACAUUUGAGAACAUGGCAGGUGUCUUCAUGUUGGUGGCUGGAGGAAUAGUUGCAGGAAUAUUCCUAAUAUUCAUAGAGAUCGCUUACAAGCGCCACAAAGACGCCCGGAGGAAACAGAUGCAGCUCGCCUUUGCUGCCGUCAACGUCUGGAGAAAGAACUUGCAGGAUAGAAAAAAUGGUAGAGCAGAGCCUGACCCUAAAACGAAAGCAUCUUUUAGAUCGCUCACUUCAACACUGACCUCCAGCUUCAAGAGACGUAGGUCUUCCAAAGACACGCAGUAUCACCCUACUGAUAUAAGUGGGCAGCUGAACCUUUCAGACCCUUCGGUUAGCACAGUGGUGUGAUUUUGCCCAAAACACUGAUGUCUAAACUCCAGAAAGAUAUUUAAAAAAUGCAAGAUUAAUUGUGCAACAAGAGCAAGCCCUUAGAACACCAGCAAUUGCAAGAGUGAAAGAGAGGACUGUAUAAAUCUACUGACAUUGGAAAUGCAACNAAAAAACAUCAGUAGUAGUUGUUCAGUGAACUUUCAGUGUUAAAGGUACUCACCCAAACCAUCAGUGUUAUUCACCCAUCAUCAGUCAUAAAGAAAAUCUAGUGUUAGUUUCUCACCAAAUAAACAGUGUUAUAAGUUGCCCAUCAUACCAUUAGGGGUUUUUAGAUGGCAGUGAUUUUUCACGCUGCCCUUUCAUUUCUGGUCACUUCUGGUUUUCGAAUCCAAUCCAAACUCCAAUGGAAUGUUGAACAUAUUGGUCUUAAGGGAAAUUAGUUUGAAUAGUCUCAACCCAGUUCCUCUUAUUCACGGAACUGGACUCACGGCACAAACGCAUCCAACAUUUCAAUUUAAAUUGGCAAUGUCAUUCAGAGUGACCAGAGACAGCUGUGUGGGAAAUGGAAACAUUUACUGUGCCAAUUAGUUAGUGCUCUUCUGAGGAACGCUGUUGGAUUAGUUACUGAAUACCUGUGAUUUUCAUGCCAAAUCUUUUAAUAUAUAUCAAAACAUAGAAUCAUUUGUUGCAUUGAUGUCACAGUUUAUCAUCAUAAACACAGAAUCAUUUAUUUAUGCAUUGACGUCACUGAUUACCUGUGUCCAACCCUCUCUGUAAGGCUUGUAAGACUUAUCCUAGAUAAUAGUGUGUAUACAAGCAAAUAAAGUUGCCAAACUCCAGUCACUUCCCAAAUGUAGGGUGCCAUUGUACAUAGAGACAGUUUAUUCAGCAUAUGAUCUAACAAAUAUACACAACUGUGUAUUCACAAUGGCAUAACGUGUUUCAGAGUCACUCUGGAGUGUCUGUGUGCUGCUAAUAUAACUUGGAUUGCUGGAUUGACGAGGAAUUGUUAAUAUGCAUCAGGCAUAUCAAUGUAACAAGGACAUUACUGUGUACUUGGGCGUGUUCUGGACCUGACAUUGGGUUCUCAUAAUGGAAAAUUUAAUUCUCCAACUAGAACAUCCCUCAGCUGGAGAAGCACAACACCUCACCAAAACAAUUGAAGGGACAAAUUGUGUAUUCACCAGUGUUAAUUCAUCAGCAAUCUAUCAAUAUUGAUGCUGAUCACCAAUCAGUGUUAAAGUUACUUGCCAAACCUUUGGUUAAUUUACUUACUAUCUCUGCCAGCUCACAAGUUAUACAGCAAAUCUCAGCAAGAGCAACUCACUUAAAAUCCCUCUUCCGUUGUUAAGUAAACUUUUCCCUGUUAACCUUUUUAAUUAAUAAUUUAUUCUGACAGCCCCUAUUUUACAAAGGAACAGGAUCUGUACAGAUUAUUACUGCUAUUUUUAUUAAUAUUAUUAUUUGAGAGUUCAAGCCAUUCCACCUCAUCUCUACAGCGCUUGAUAAUCUUGGAGAAUCUAUUUCUUAUUCACAUAUCUUCACUGAUCUUCAAGUUACUGAGUAUAUAUACUGUGUCUGGCAUUUAUGUGAAAUCUGCAGUGCACUGUGUAAUACUACUGAUAGUAUGAUUUGCAUUGAUUUGUUUGUAGUGUCUCACUGUUGGCAAUACUAUUCCCUUACCCAAUGGAACAAAUUAUCCUUCAAUAUCUGAAUUCCUCUUAAUAUCUUAGAUUAUCUUUAAACUCUCAAUGAAUGAGAUGGGAAACUAUUGGUAACAAUAGAUUCUCUUCACACUAUCUUUUGUCUCAUAGAAUCAAAAGAAUUUUACAGCACAGAAGG